ACAAAACCUCCCGAAACAGCCACCAAAACCCAACAAAUCAGGACACGCACCGGUAACGGUGGUUGAGGGCUCCGCCUCCUUCGAUGUUUUCGAGAAACCCAAAUUAACAACACUUUCCAAUAACCGCCAUUCUCUCCUCCUUCUCUUCGACUGAUACAGAGGCAUUCUCUCCAACUGCCUUCUCUCUUCAAUCACAUCAAUGGCUCACCUCCUCCACACCUCAUUCGUCCCUUCCACCUCGUCCCUCCGUCGCACCCCUUCUGCAGCGCCACCGAUAUAUAUUUCCUCUCGACGGAACACUUCAAUCGAGGCGAAGAUCAGAGAGAUCACCAUGCCGGUCUUGAGCUCCACCAUGACGGUGGGCGAAGUUGUGUCCUGGAGUAAAUACGAGGGCGACAAGGUCUCAAAGGGUGAGAGUGUAGUUGUAGUCAAGUCUGACAAGGCCGACAUGGACGUCGAGACCUUCCAUGAUGGUUUCCUUGCGGCUAUUUUGGUUGAGGACGGCAAUUCUGCUCCAGUCGGUUCAGUAAUCGGCCUACUUGCAGAGACGGAGGACGAGAUUGCCGAGGCUCGGUCUAAGGCCUCCACAUCAUCAUCAUCGUUAUCGGCUGAAGCUGCUCUUAGUAUUACUGCUCAGGCCUCGCAACCUGAGAAAAUUGAGGAGCCUGUAGGCCCAGCAGUUGUGGCCAGCAGGGAGACAGUGGUUGCGUCUGCUGUACACCCGGCCUCUGAGGGGGGAAAGAGGAUUGUGGCGUCCCCUUAUGCGAAGAAAUUGUCCAAAGAGCUGAAGGUGGAGCUAGCGGGAUUGGUUGGGAGUGGGCCAAUGGGGAGAAUUGUAGCGAAAGAUGUUGAGGCAGCGGCUGCAGCAGCUACUGUUGCCGCCGUGCCACCUCCAACAGCACCAGGAAUCGAAUUGGGGUCGGUGGUGCCGUUUACAACAAUGCAGGGUGCUGUUAGUAGGAAUAUGGUAGGGAGUUUGACAGUGCCUACUUUCAGAGUUGGGUACACUAUCACCACGGAUGCACUUGAUACGCUCCACAAGAAAAUUAAAUCAAAGGGAGUCACCAUGACAGCAUUACUUGCCAAGGCCACUGCCCUUGCAUUGGUUAAACAUCCUGUUGUAAAUUCUAGCUGCAGAGAUGGUAAGAGCUUUACAUACAACAGUAGCAUCAACAUUGCUGUUGCUGUGGCUAUGGACGGUGGGUUGAUUACGCCUGUGCUUCAGGAUGCUGAUAAGGUUGAUAUCUACUCUCUGUCAAGAAAGUGGAAAGAGUUGGUUGAAAAAGCUCGGGCCAAGCAAUUGCAGUCUCAGGAGUAUACUACAGGUACUUUCACUCUUUCAAACCUUGGGAUGUUUGGUGUCGAUCGGUUUGAUGCCAUCCUGCCACCUGGAACUGGAGCCAUCAUGGCUGUUGGAGCUUCUCAGCCAGCCGUAGUUGCAAGCAAGGAUGGCCGGAUUGGGAUAAAGAACCAGAUGCAGGUAAAUGUCACAGCUGAUCAUCGAGUAAUCUAUGGUGCUGAUCUGGCUUCAUUCUUGCAAACACUGGCAAAGAUUAUUGAAGACCCAAGGGAUCUUACUUUUUAGUCUGAUAUCCAUUUUUGCCGAAAUGUGCUUUUGGUGCUGCCAGUGUUAGAUUACUUCUCCUUGUGCACACUUUCCUGAUCAACUUCUGGUUCACUAUCGAUUAGUAAGUUACAAGAGCAAGGAGCAGAAUUUUGAAUACAAAUGCUUUUUAUUGGAUUCUUUUUCCUUUAGUUAGUUAUGAAGUUUCCAUACAUUUUGACUCUUCCCUGCUGCGUUGUUAAGUUAAAUAUUGGCUGUUGUUCAUUACUGAGUUAUCAAACCAUUUUUCUUCAUCGACUAUGAGGAACGUAAUUGUUACAUUUUGACGUUUUGGCUGUAGCUUUGAAUUGAGUAAUUGUUUAUUUUGAUUGAGAGAUAAAACAGUCUUUAUAUCUUUCCCUA